GUCUGGCUGUCAGCACGUGAGCUGACGUCACAGUUAUGUGUGACGUCACCUGGUCCCACCUGCGUGUUGGGACGAGAGUAAGGAGUCGUGACGCCCUCCGGCCCUUCCUCUUGAAGGCGGCGGUGCAGACGGCGGUGUAUCCACCAGCAUAACGCCACUGACUUACCCACGGUGUGGCUUGCGUGUGUGCGUGUCGGGGAGCGAGGGACAAGGACAGUAGCGGCAGCGUGGCCUCGGGGAAUGAUCUGGCAACUGUGCGUGGUGGUGGUGGUGGUGGUUUGGCGGGCAGCAGCAGCAGCAGCAGCAGCAACUCCCAGCCAUCAGUGUACUGCUCGCCUCUCUGUGGUGCGAUCCGCCGCCGCCUCCCGCCUCCCCUCGGGAUUGACGCUGUUCUAUGGAUUUUAGCGGCUGAGUGAAUCGUUGACCCCCGUAACGCACGUGAUAGCCGCCCGCCGCCGUGGCCUAAAGACAGCAAGAUGUGUGGAGGCGGUGAGGUGAGCGCCCGAGGUCCCCGCCCCCCCCAGCAGCUCUCGCCGUGCCCCCAGUGCCUCCGCCGUCGCCGCCGCCGCCCACAGUAAUCACCACCAUGACAUCGGCCUGAACCCUCCUCUCCCACACCCCACACACCCCCCUAACUCACUCUCCCACUAGUUCACUCCCACCACCACCACCACCACUACUACCACUACUACCACCACUACAUCCAUUACCACCUCCACCACAUUCACCAUCUCUCCUGCCACUUCUCCCAUUCACUGUUGGUUUAUUUGCAUUCUGAGCAGUGUUAUUUAGCCAGUACCAGAGGUUAAGGGUUCCUGCUACCACACUACUUACUUAGCACCACUCCGGGAAGAUAUUUGCUUACCGGAAACGAAAGAAACGAGUAGUCCUUCCUGUCAGUCAGUCACACAGCUCCACUCUCUGAUGCCUCUCUCGGCCAGCAUCGCCUAACAGGGUCGUGCUGUGUUUACUGUAGCAGCGUCCCAGUGCUGCUCGAGAGUGGUGGACCAUCCCAGCGUGGAGCAUCUCUCUCGCUCCAGUCACCCUAACCUCCAGGAUACCUCUCGUCUAGAGCCAGCAUUGUGAGGCUCUAGAUUGAGAAGUCAUCCCAGUGAUACACUAUGUCACUCUUGUAAUACAUCAACAGUCUCUUCUUUUUUUUGCUCAGUUAAAGUUUUGUUCAUUACCUCCUUAGCUUUAUCAUCCUUUGUUCAUCCCUCACAUAUCAUCUUCCUUUGCCUUUGCACUCUUCCCCACACGCCUUGCUGCUUUCGCAGUCACCUUCCCGAAACCCUCAAUCGUGAUCACGACCUGAAGAUGAAUGAUAGUUUCCAGCCACCCACCGUGUUUAAGUGACAAGUGAGUGAUACUGAUGUGAAAUGGCAGACUCAAAGGUGACGUCCUCUCCCUCACAUACACACACACACACGCAGUUGUUAUGAAGCUGGUACGGUGUGAGUGGGUGCCCUCACUGGUGGUGGAGUGGCUGUGUGGGGAACUGGAGGAACGCGGCAUUCCCGGCCCCACAUACGCCCAUACCCUGCUCUCCCUCCUCCACCACCACUACUGCCCCCACCCGGCCCCUGCCAUCCCCAACGUUCCGCCCCACGCCUCAGUCACCGGCUCCUGCCCUGCUGGCACCCGCUAUUGCCCCCCACUGUCCCGACGCCUCCUCGAUGACUUUGAUUUGCGCGACUUGGACCUGGAUGACCUGUUAGACCAGACCACUCACCCAGACGCUGACCUCCCAGACCUCUCAGCCAUCACCCAGCAGCAGCGUGGAGGGAGCCGCCGGGCACGUAAACGCCACAAGGUCCGCCAAAAACACCGCAUUCUGACCUCAGAGCAACUGCAGAAGGUGGCAGCUCUCCAGUGCCUCAUGUCUGCUUCUGAUGAGCGCUACGACUUAGAGAGCCUCGUGGAAGAACUCUGCUCCCGCCUGAAGACUGCUGCUGAGAACGACCACCUCAAUGCCUCCAACAAAGCACAGACCUGCAUCACCAGCAAGUCUGUGUCUCUGAACUCGGUGUCCCAGGAGAGCAGCAAUGAUACAGAGGAGUACACUUCUUCGUCCACUCCCGAGGAACAAGCUGAGAGAUAUUAUGCUGCUUUUCCACCACUAAGUGGGUCUUCCAAGGUUAAGUGUAGCCACGAGAAAGCAUGGAAGUCUGGCGAUGCAUUCUGCUCCUGUGUGUGGGAAGGUCGCAAGCCUUUGUCGGUGCCACACAGUGAGGGCAUCCCAGGCACAAACUCAGUGAAGAUGCCACGAACAUAUCGUAAGAAGUACCGAGAGAAGAGCAAGAAGGAGGUGGAGGUGAAACAAGAGGUCCUGGCAGCCCCUGGCCACGAGGAGCCCCAGCGCCACCCGGUGUCCUUCACAUGGCACGUUGGCGCCAAGCAUAAGGAGGCGCAGCUCAACGAGUGCUACGACACCGACAGUGCCUCAGAGCCAGAGCGGAUCUCCGAACGGCGACGCAAGAAGUUCGUGGGGCCCCUGCUGGAUGAGGACAUCGGAGAGGGCUACAUUGGGGACACCAGCUCCAGGGAAAGCUCGGAGGACAGGGACAAGGGAGAGCAGGAGUGUGACAAGGCCCGGGAGGAGAAGGGAGAUAGAAGCCAGGGCCACUCUGGGGAGGGGAAGGUGAGGGGUGUGAAGGAGGAAUGGGAGUGCAUGGGAGACUUAGUUCUUGGGGUGAAUGGCCAGGUGGAUGAGAGCCUGGCAGGGGGAGGAGGGAACAGGCUGUUUGAGCGCGGCAGCACCUCAGGGGGAUCCAGUGGCUCCAGCAGUGACAUGGAGACACAGGAAGCCAAGAGUGUGAGGCAGCUGGAGAGGAAGAUCUCCAACACUGUGGCCCAAGUGUGGGGUCAGGCUGGGGAGCUGCUGGGCCAUGGCCGCGGGGAACACGUGUGGGAUCCCCCGCCAGCCCAGGAGUCAGCCCUCUACACCACUGUCUGGGGCUUCAGCCUCCCAAAGCAGCAGCAGCAGCAGCAGCAGCAGGAGCAGGAGCAGGAGCACCAGGAUUUGCUGGAUUCCUCCACCCCCCAUCCACCACAAAGCUUUAGUAGCCAGUUAAUCCAAGAACCUCCAACACCAACACUGAACGGCUGGCACCAGAGCUGCUCGUGGCACCCCGCCGGCUGUGUGGCGGAGGAAGGCUCCCUCGUGUGCAGCAUCUCAAGUCAGAGUCCUUUCAGCAGCCUGAAGGAAAGCUUGACAAGAGACCCCAGCUCCCACCUCGGCAUCCAGAACAACUUUGAGAAGUCCAUUUGGUCAGAUUGCAAUGCCAAUGAUAUAUUGAGUAGUGAAAAUGUUCUGCCUUUGUGCCUGGAGGAACACCAGACCAGCAACGAAGGAGACAAAGAGAAAGAAAACAGCAAGAAUCACAAUUCAAAUAAUGACUUGGAAAAGAAGUUAAUGGAAUCAUUCAUGCAACUAAGCUUGGAGAAUCUAUGGGAGAAUACUUUAGGUCUUGAAAAUGUAUUUACAGAUCUUAGUGUAAGUAAUAGUAACUUAGAGUGUGUGUCAGAAAACACCAACUUAGAGGAAGUUACUCAUGGUAGCCACACAGAUUCAGAGCACGAGAAGAUGAUGGCCUUGGUGGAAGACGUCUGCAACAGUGAUGAGUCUCAGGAGGAGGAGUCUCUGGACAGCUCCCUAAUGAAGGAGCUUCCCUCAGGACCCAUUGGCCCCCACGCCGUGCUGCACCACACAGAGAACAGUGGCUUCUCCAUGGUAGUUCCUCGAGACAAGAGUGCCGAGUGCAGCCCGUCUCUCGAGCACCGGCCUGAGAGUCUCCUAGUAGACCCUGUGAGUGUCGGCAGCAGCAGUGGUGAUGCCAUGGCCUGUGCCAGGAUGCUGGAAGGUAUGGACUCUCUCCCACCAGCCCAAGAGGAGGAGAACCUGCUCACCUCCCCCAGGACCCACUUCCGCCCCAUCCGACAGGACAGCAUUGGCAGCAUCACCGAUGACCACUAUGAGGACGGCACAAUGUUCAUCGUCAACUCUGAGCGACCCGACCUGCCCUUCCAGCGUACCAGCAGUGGAGCGCUUUUCCUGGAGAGUGACAUCCUGGAGGGCUCCCCCAAGAAGUACAUGGUGUACAAGGAGCCAGCUCCCAGGGUGGCCCAGGAAGAAGAGCAGACUCAGGUCACCAGGGAGAAGCUGGCAGCCAUUGCCCUUGUGCCCAAGUUCAAGGUGAUAAAUAAUGAAAAGUUCUGCCAGACGGAGGAAGACAGCGUUCAGGGAGGAAGAAAGCCGUGCUUCAAGAUAAAGGUAGAGAAACUGGCACUCUUCAACACCAACCAUUAUGUCCCAAUGGAGGAUGAGAAGGAGCCGGACAUGUUUGAGUUCCAGCAGCAGGACUUCCCGGACAACACCACACUGGCAAACAUCUGGAAGAACACCAAGGAGGAGGACAAGAGGAAUCACUUGAAAAACAUUUGGCAGAUGCAACAAAAGGUGGACAGCAGGAGUGCCUGGACUUACUUGAGUGGCACCAAGCCCGGGAUGGCAUGGCUGGAUCAGGAGGAGGAGGGGGCCACAGGAUGGAGCAGCGAGGGGCACUUCCAGCCACCCUUGCCUGUAGAAAGGAACAGUAAAUCAGAGGCAGUUGUCAUCCCCACCUCUCUGGCCUCACUGUGGCACCAUAAUAGCUCCCCAGAGUCCCCCACCAUCCCUUCAUCUGUGCCCAGCCUGCAGAACCUGUGGGCCAGCUACAAGGUGCCCGGCAUGGAGGAGUCAGAACACGAAGGAGCAGGAGGACAGAAGUACAUCAUCACUAACCCCACAACUCACAUCCCGGGAAAAUAUGGCGAGGGAGGAGGCCCCAGCUUGUCUUCCAUGGUAGAGUCUGGGCCGUGGAGCCUCAGAGCAAAUGAAGAAGUGCCCAGAAGUGCCAGAAAGGAUCAGAUCUGGUCCGAGCAGCAUCUCCUGAGCAGUAGUCAGCAGCACCUCCACAUUGGUGAUCAAAACAGGAUCACCUCCCUUAGUGGAACUUGUGAAGCAUCAGGAGCCUGCUCUGAGUUGAGGCUUGAAGUGGAUCAAGAGGCUGAUGAACUGCUGGGUGCUGUGCAUGCUCACACCAGCUUCUCCCAGCCAGGUGCUCCUCAGGCCAACUACUCACCCAAGCCACUACAUGAGCGCCUCAGGAAGUACUCUGGCAACCCGCUGAGGAGGGUGGAGCAGAAGGGAGAUGUAGAGCGUGAGGACCUGGCUGACCUGGCGCCUGACUGGGAACUGAAUGACGGCUUUGAGUGGGGCCUGCAGGCGUCUGGGGCAAUGGAUGGGGAUGAUGCAGCAGGGGAUGAGGAUGAGGGUGAUGGGGAGGUGCUGGUGUAUGAACAUGAUGGGGUAACAUACACAAUCCCAGUAGAGUAUUUGGACGACUCACUCUAUGACCAGAUCUUUGGUGCCUCGGAUGCUCCCGCCCAUCGUCUUGGUGGAUCCCUUCCGGACCUCCCCUCCGGCCAUCCCUCCACUAUAUACUUCUCUAGUGAACUGGAGGACAAGUGGAAGCGCAGUGGUGUGCCAUACAAGGUCCAGCUGCCUCGCAAGCCCCGGCCAGGCCGCUGGUUGCCUCCGUCUCGCCGCCCCUGCACUUUCUUCAUGGAGGGGAGCUGUCGACGGAGUGACUGCAAAUUCUCUCACGACUUGGCGUCCAUCACCUGCAGGUUCUGGGAGGAGGGCUCGUGUCUGAAGGGCAUCACCUGCCCCUUCCUGCACGGCUACCCGCUACGUCGGCGCCGCAACAAGAGUGAGGGAGCAGCUCACUCUGAGGGGGACCGUGUCGACCCCCACAGCUCUUCCUUUGAGAUUGACUCAGAGAUGGACUUCCCAACUCUUGGUUCAUCCUGUGACAGUAAGGCAAGCAGCACAGACGAACGUGGUGGAUUCAUCCCCGGCUAUCAUGCAGCAGCAGCAAGAAAGAAGAAACGUAAAUUUAUAACAAUCACCAAAAAUGUUUUAGGCGAGAUGAAAGGAUUAGAGGCUGAGAAAGCCCUCCACCGCAUCCCCAGGCGUGACCGGCGACGGCGGCACACAGACACUGGCACCACAGAUCUGCAUGACACCACCACCACCAAUAACAGCAACAAUAACAACAACACUGCUGCUGCUGCCACUGCUGCUGCCACCACCGCCGUUGCCAUCACGACCACCACCACCACCACCAGUGCCAUCAGCAACGACCCUCCUCCAAGCCAUCACAGUGCCAGGAAAGCGAAGCGGCACCGUGCCUCGGCCUCGGGCCAUGACGAUGGCACAGUUUCAGAUUACUGACAGCGUGUGGCGUGGUUUUCCCCGCCCCCAGGGGUGUCUGCAUCACAGCGGUGUGUCGGGGCAAAUGGGCAGCACCUUGGCACUCUCACCUUGUCUCUGCCUCAGGUCAAUGCUGCUGCCCAGAUGGGGCCAUACUGCUCAAGAACUUUCUAAUGUUUCUUUGAAGAAAAAUGGCUUGAAAAGUGGCCAGUGAACAAGGAGAAGCAAGCUGUGGGAAGUUAGUGUAGCAGCACCUAACCUUGCUGAACCAGACCUUCCCAAGAUGAAGCAUGGCAUGGAGUUCCUAAUUUUCCAAGGUAGCUGUUAUUCAGGGUAUAUUUCUCCACCUUUCCACCAUCCUCCUCCCUUUCCCUUUCCCUUUCUCUUCCCUUCCCUUCCCUUUCCUUUCCUUUCCUUUCCUUUCCUUUCCCUCCCUCCCUCCCUCC